AUGUCUCGACUUCCUGUUCCAUCUGAGGGUUAUUAUUUGGGCACACCUAAUUUAGAGUUCAAGGAGUCCUUUAUAGGAAAAUACACUAUUUAUAAUACCAACUUAUUCACUAAGGAACAAACAGAUAUAUUUGAAAAAUUUCAGAAAGAAAUUCUUGUUCAUCAAGUUCUCCAGAAAUUGUUCCAACAGUCAUAUUAUCAAAGAAUUAGAAGUUUAAACCUAUACAGACAAAUAUUAAUUGCAAUGCUUUCGCAACCAAAUUUCAAUAUUAAUCAAAAAUUUUCCAUAGACGAAGCCUACUACAAAAGAAUAAUUGAAGCCAGAGAAGGAAAAUCAGUUAUGGAUAUCGAUAAACAAUAUAGAGCUGCAGUUGGACACAUGAAAGAAUAUUUUGCAGUUGCUUAUCUGAAAAACAUUGGACAACAAAUAAAUUUUAAUAGGGAUGUUGAUCAAUUGGAUCCACUGUAUAUUUUAAAUGAGAACUGUGUAUUUGAUUUUAAUUUGUUAGGUAAAUACCACAUCCAUAAUAAAUCAUUCAAAACUCCCAAUGUCAAGCUGGUGUAUGAAAAAUUUAAUAAUGAUUGCUUGGUGAACGUUGAAGUUUUAAAAUUAAUCCUCAAUUUAAAGUACUUAAAUCGAAUGAGGAAUAUUGGAAUUUGGAAAAAAUUUUUAGUGUUGAUUAGCGAAGUUGAUCAUUAUGAUGAUAGUAAAAAUUUAGAUUAUUAUUUAAACAUUCAAUUUGUUGGAAAAAUAUUUGCCAGUAGCCAAUCAUCGGAUGACGAAUGUAUUAUAACAGCUUACAAUUAUUUUGUCCAGAUUCUUAACAUGGCAUAUGGGAGCAAUAUUCCAGUUUUUAGUAGAGAAGAUGAGUUGAAACAUUUUACAAGCUCCAUAAACGAUGUUUUAAAAAUCCAAGAUCUGGAAAUUGCUCAAGUUUUUGAUAAGUAUGAUCAAAGUGUCUUUGAAAGUGUCGGGGUUGAGCACAAUCAUUAUAUCAAAAGAUUUUUGGAUGCAAAUUUACCAUCUUUGUUUAAAGAAUGA